CGCGCGUAGCGCGAUCUCAUCCUCAGCGCCGCCGCCCCGCCGCCGCCAUCGCGCCGCUCCUCCCCGGGGCGGAGCGCGGCCCCGGCGCGAUGGAGGCGCUGCGGCGGCCGGCGCUGCCCGAGGACGCGGUGCGCUACCGUCUGUUCGCGGCGGCGGCGGCGGGCCCGGGCGGCGAGGCGCUGCUGCGGCGCUGCGCUGAGCUGGCCCUGGUGCGCUUCGCCCCGCUCCUGGCCUCCUACGUGUGGCAGCGGCAGCCGUUCCGCCUGCGCUACGUGCCGCGCCGCGGCGACACCCCGGCGCACUUGGGCGGCACCACGGUGUUCGGGGAUAACGUGGAGGAUGAGUGGUUCAUCGUGUAUCUGCUCCGGGAGAUCAGCAGGGAGUUCCCGGGGCUGGCAGCCAGCAUUGAUGACAACGAUGGAGAGUUUCUCUUGAUAGAAGCAGCUGAUUUUCUCCCCAAGUGGCUGAAUCCUGAGAACAGUGAAAACAGGAGAGAUGCAUUUGUGUCUGAAAUGCAAUGUUCCACGGCUCUGGGUGUGCCUGCUCUUACCCCGAGUGACGGGAGCAUUGCUGCCUGCCAGGUGUUCUUCUACAAAGGAGAGCUGCACAUCAUUCCGCCGCAGGAGCCUUCGGAGCAGGGCUGGGCCCCCUCUGCUCCCUGUCCCACGGUGCCACAGGCGCUGGCUCUGUUAUCCACCCGCCCCGAGGAGUUCCUGGCUGCAGAGCCCAUCCGAGCUGCGCUGGACAAACGCCUCCAUGGGUAUCCCGAGAAGAUCCAGGCCUCGCUGCACCGAGCCCGCUGCUUCCUCCCGGCCGGGAUCGCGGCCGUGCUGAGGCUGCGCCCGUCCCUGGUGGCUGCGGCAGUCCAGGCCUUCUACCUGCGGGAUCCGGGCGAGCUGAGGGCCUGCCGGCGCCCUUUCAGAACCUUCCCUGCCGAGCAGCGAGUGAUGGCCCUGGUGACGUUCACUCGGUGUUUAUAUGCCCAGCUGGUGCAGCAGCAGUUUGUCCCAGACAGACGCAGUGGAUACACCCUGCCCGCCCCAUCUCACCCUCAGUACAGAGCCCACGAGCUGGGCAUGAAGCUGGCUCAUGGCUUUGAAAUGUUGUGCUCCAAGAGCAGUAAAGUAGCUCCUGAUGCCAGGAGAAACGUGUUAAGCGGUCCUCUGUGGGAGAGAUUCCUCAGGACCUUGAAGGAGAAGGAUUAUUUCAAGGGAGAAAUGGAAGGCUCAGCCAAGUACCUGGAACUGUUGCACAUGGCAGAAGAUCACUUCCAGCAAUGUGUUGCUGUGCCAGAAAGCUGUGAUGAAGUGAGCCCAGGUGAUGAAAUCCUGACACUACUAGAGACAACCCCCAUUGAUCUGAAGGAAUUUGAGAGAGAAGCAGCUUGUCUUCCUCCAGAGGAUGACGACAGCUGGCUGGAUAUUACACCAGAUGCUCUGGAUCAGGUGCUGAAGGAGGCAAGAAAGGAGUCCCUUCCUUCCACAGAUGAGGAAGAGCAAAAAUAUGACUUGGAAACCGUUGCUGAGAGCAUGAAGGCUUUUGUGUCCAAAGUGUCCACGCACCAAGGAGCAGAAAUGCCGUGGUCAUCUGAUGAAUCCCAUGUUACCUUUGAUGUGGAUUCUUUCACAAAAGCCCUGGACAGAAUUUUAGGGGCAGACUCGGAGGAGCUGGAUUCUGAUGAUCUGGAUGAAGAGGAGGAGUUUGGCUUCUCAGAUGAGGAUGAUGAAGACCUGGAUGCUGGCAAUCAAAGGCAGGAGCAGAAGGUGCCUCCUGAGCAGCUGGUGGGCAGUCUCAAGGCGUACAUGAAGGAGAUGGACCGUGAGCUGGCCCAGACCAACGUUGGGAAAAGUUUCAGCGGCCACAGGAGAGGGGCAGGUUCUGUUGGAGCAGCCACAUCUGAGAGUGCUGGCCCUGAUUCUGGAGCUGAGGCUGCUGAGCUGGCCCCCGUGGAUGUGGACAUGAACCUGGUGGCAAACCUGCUCGAGUCCUACAGUGCCCAGGCUGGCCUGGCAGGACCCACCUCGAACAUUUUACAGAGCCUGGGGCUGGAUUUACCUGAGAGCACAGAGCUCACGGGCAGCUGAGCAACACAGGGAGAGCUCUGGGCAAGGCAUGGCUGGUGGGGAGAUGAGCACAGGCACACGAGCAGCAUGUGGAAGGAGAGGCCAGAGGUUUUAAUUCAGAGCGUUCUGUUCAUUCUGUGUCACUUCAGCAGAGUGAAUUGACCUGCAGCAGCUUCUGUCUGGACACUGUCUUGGGUGGAAAUGAGAUUUUCCCAGUGCUGACACAGUUUCAGACAACUGAAAAAUGAUGUUGAAUGAAUGACUGAAAUGAGCUUUUCUUUUCUUACCAAACCUCUCUUCCAUUUUCCCAAUCAGUGAUCCACCUUGCCACAUUUCUAAAAUGUCCUUUGACCCAUUGCUAAGUGGGUUCAAUAUCUGGGAAGCAGUUCUUCUUCUGGAAAUGCUGCUGCCUUCAGGAGCAGGUGGGGAAAUACCACAUUGCAGGAAGAGUAAUUGCAUCAAAUGUGUAAAUAUUGGCCAGAAGUAGUUUUUAAAUUUAUUUCAAUAAAAACAAAAGUACAGCUUGAGUACUGAACUGUUUCUGAAGGUAUGCAUAACUUCCUAAGUGUAGUAUCAGCUCUUGGAGCUAAACCAUUUUCAUCAUUGUUCAUUUUCUGACUGAAUUCCAUUAUUGCUGAAUGUUGGUAUCAAGCCAGCAGUAGCUGUGUGUGAGCCCAGGCUGAACAGUUUGGGGUUUUUUCAGUGAAAAUGUGGCUGGAAGGCUUGCAGCAUGUUGCUUUCAUGUGGAAUGAGAAAUCUAUUUUAGAAAUGACAACUUU